AUGAAGACCAUUGAUGGGUUCAAUCGGAAGUCAUCAAGGAAAAAUGACAACCCGUCCAGGUCCCAAAAUGCUGUUACCAAACAGCACGGGCCCCACAACCUGAAGUUCAGCGUAGUUUCCCAGGUUGGGGCCCCAUCAGGUCCACAACCAUGUCCCCCCUCAUUGGGGCAGCGGGGUCCCCUCGUUUUCCCCGUGCGCUUACACAGGUACCUCAACACCCGCCAUAAACCCGUGGGCAAUCACAAACCCCCAACAAAAACUCCCCCAAAAGGAAAAAGGGCACCCGUUAAACCCCAAAAAGGACUCAGUCUUAACUUUCAGAGCCCCAAACAAGAUCACAUUCCCCCGAUUUCCCCUAGCAGAACGGAAAAACAGCAAAAAAGCCCCACAAGGACGGCCAGUCCUUUGCCAACCAAAGGGGGGGGCCCGCCGGGUCCCCCGUUGAUCUCUGAAAAUUCACCCUCAACACCCCCAACCCGGAAGGUCGAAAAGGGCCCCAACGGUGGCAGCUCCACUGACACCACUUUCCCCAGGGGGCCCCCCGCUUUUAGGCAGAAUAGCCCCGAAGCAAAAAAAUCAGGGAAUUUUUGCCCAAAAGGGAAGAACUGCAACAUCCGGGUAGCUUUGUAA